AUGCCACAGGCUGGACCUAGCAGAUCCGGGGAUUUCAAUGUAGGGAGCCUCCACGAAAGAUCUAGCGGCUCCUUUGUCGGGUCUUAUCGACGGCGGCUCUAUGACUUUGGCGCGUCCCCCAGCGAGACCAACCUAGCGCACGAGGUGCAGGAGAUGCGGGCCCAAACGGCGGACUUGAGUACUCGGGCUUUAGCUGAGGGUCUCGAGGACGAAAUUGAGUCUGAUCAGUUCUACGAUUCCCCAGACCCGAAGUCAGACAGGCCGGAUUGGCCCGAGCCCAUGCCUCGAAGAUACAGCGAAACCACUCCUUUGAUGGCGGCAACUCCUGAUGACCAGCUCUCAGAGCAGAUCGGCAACCACAAGUCGGACACGGGUAAAUUCCAAAUCACCUCUAUGCUGUCAUAUCUACCCUCCGUUGCUUUGGGCACACUUUUGAAUGUGCUCGAUGGCCUGUCUUAUGGAAUGAUCUUGUUCCCGCUGGGCACUGCGGCUUUUGCCGGGCUGGAAUCAGCAGGAUUGUCGAUUUUUUAUGUGUCGACGAUUGUUUCCCAGUUGGUGUUUAGUCUGGGCGGAUCGAAAUUCGAAUCGUGUGUUGGUUCAGAAAUGAUCGAGGUGGUGCCAUUCUUCCAUUCCAUGGCAAACACUAUUGCUGCCUCUUUGCAGGGUGCUCCGCAAAACGAUAUUUUGGCUACUACUAUUACUGCAUAUGCCUUGAGUUCUAUUGUUACAGGCUUGGUUUUCUUUUUACUCGGAUACUUGAAUCUUGGUACCCUCGUCGGUUUCUUUCCCCAGCACAUUUUGCUUGGUUGUAUUGGAGGUGUCGGUUGGUUCUUAAUUGCUACAGGAAUCGAAGUGGCUGCUCGACUUCCCAGCACACUACAGUAUGAUUUACCCACUCUUGAAAAGCUUCUGGAACCCGAUUCGGCUUUAAAGUGGGGCACUUGCUUGGCGGUAGGUGCGUUUCUCAUGUUUAUGGAGCGCAAGUGCCACCAUGGUCUAAUUGUUCCUGGGAUUUUGAUUGGGCUUUUUUUUGCUGUGCACAUUAUCAUUUUCUUUUUGCCAAUUUCCCUCGACGACGCGCGUAAUGCGGGCUGGCUUUUCGAAGCUCAACGAAGCGAUGAGCCUUGGUAUUUCUUUUACAGUCUCUACAGGAUGGGUACAGUUCAUUGGAGCGAAGUCAUCCGGGGCAUUCCUGCCAUGUUGGCCCUCACCUUCUUUGGUAUCAUUCACGUCCCAAUUAACAUCCCUGCAUUAGCCUCGGCGACCAAAAAUGACACCAUCGAUGUGAACCGCGAACUAAUCGCACACGGAGUCUCUAAUACUCUGUCUGGUAUGCUGGGAAGUAUCCAAAAUUAUUUGGUUUACACAAACUCGGUCUUAUUCGUCAAAAGCGGUGCGGAUACGCGUAUCGCUGGUGUUAUGCUAGCAGGUGCAACCGCACUCGUGAUGCUGGCUGGCCCCGUAAUUAUUGGCUAUAUUCCUGUUGUCGUGGUUGCAUCUUUAAUUUUCAUGAUGGGAAUGGACCUUAUGGCUGAGGGACUUGUAGAUACUUUCGGCAAAGUCGGAAAAAAGGAGUAUCUAACAAUUUGCAUAAUUGUGAUCAUUAUGGGUGGUUACGACUUUGUUGUUGGUAUUUUGGCAGGAAUUGUCCUUGCGUGUAUGUUCUUUGUUAUUACAAGUGCCCGCAACUCUCCAGUUAGCUCGACCUUCUCCGGGAGCAACGUGAGAGCAGCUAUUCGCCGUCAUCCUGUUUUAUCUCGUUUUUUGAGACGAAUGAGCACUCAAAUUUAUAUUAUCAAACUUCAGGGUGCACUUUUCUUUGGCACUAACGUGGCAGUUGAGCAAUCGAUUCGCCGGGCCCUCGAAAAUGCACGCAAUAUCAAGUUUUUGAUUAUCGACUUGGAUAAAAUCACAUCAAUCGACUACAGCUCGGCCGAUACUUUCGCUCGCAUCAAGCGUAUAUGUGAUGCGAAGCAAGUUCGCAUGGUUUUGUCCGGUGCCUCUACUGGCAACGAGAAAGUUCGGGGUUUACGUGCUGUUGAUCUUAUACAAGACUCCCAUGACAAGUCCGAAACCAAAGUCCAUGUGUUCCCCUCGAUUAAUUUGGCCCUGGAAUGCUGCGAAAACCAAUUUUUGGCUCGGUACUAUCAACACCGCGAUAGCAUCGUGGCAAAUAGGCACUCAUCUUUGCGAAACAUCCCCCAUUCAAUGCUUGAUACUCCAAAGUUGUCCUACCCAUUCAGCGAUACGUACGGGGCCUACGGAACCACCCCGCGAACCAAGCACUUACGAUUCGAAGCAGAGCAGUCUGCUACUGAAGACCUGCAUAUAGUUUCGAGGUGGCAUAAAUUCCAGCAGCCAAUGCCUAUGCUGAUGCAAAUUGUUGAAGGACAAUCGGACAAAGGUGCUGAUUUCUGGUACAGGCUAUUACCGUAUCUCGAAAAAGAGGUGAUACCUGCUGGAACAGUAGUCGUUGACCAUAACCAGCAACUAAAGAGCUUUUAUAUGGUUGAAAGCGGAUACCUGAGGCUCGAGACUGACGAUAACGUCCUGCAAGAGACAAUCCUCGCAGGAACAACUUUUGGAGAGAUCCCAUUCUUUUCAGAGGCCAGCUCUUUCGCAAAGAUCAUCACGGAAAGCGACUGCGUCCUCUGGAAGUUAACGAAAGAGUCCUUUCAUAAGAUGUCUACAACCCGUGAAACUAUGGAUCUGGCCAUUGAAUUGAUGCGUGUCGGCUACUGUUUCGCUUUGGAUAGGGUCCGAUCAAUGAAUUCUUACCUGCGGGUAAUUGCUAUGUAA